AUGGUUGGGAUUCAAAAGAUAGUUGCACAAGGUUGUACGCAGUCGAGUGUUUAUCAUGUACUACAAGUUACUCAUGAUUUAAUGAAAUUGGUAACUUAUGAUGGUGCUCAACAACAAGCACGUAAUUUUGUUGACAUCGUUCGAGAAUUAAUCAAUCAGACACCACAACAGAUGUUUCUUAAUCUGGAUAUGAAAAGAGUGAAAAUGAACGAUCAACAACAAUCACAAGUGGAUAUUCGUGAUUAUGAAUUAUCAUCAUACAUCGUUAGUAAAUUGGAUUCUUGA